AUGGCUGAAUCCCUUUCCCUCUCGCAUUUCGAAUAUUUCACUGUAACCGGAUACUUCCUCCAAGAUGAUCCCGCAACGGACCCCGAAGAUUUCGACUAUUCAUCAAGCGCAUUCGGCCUCAUAAACCAAAAGUACGAUACAGAUGACGACUUCGACCCGAACCGAGAGAGGACCCAGUGGGAGCGUUUCGCCUACAAACUGCGAUCUCUAAAUACCCACGCUGACGAGUAUACGGAAUUCAAGUUGUUCUACAUGGGUCGGCAUGGUGAAGGGUUUCAUAACGUUGCAGAAGCACUUUACGGAACUGAGGCAUGGGAUUGUUACUGGUCCAAACUUGACGGCAACGGGAACAUCACAUGGGCCGAUGCACAUCUGACGGAAACAGGCAUCUCUCAGGCCCUACGCGCGCGCUCCACAUGGGCCACGCAGAUGAAAAACCACAUACCCCUUCCACAAUCAUACUACAGUAGUCCCCUCGAUCGAUGCCUACAAACGUCAAAGUUAACAUUUGGCGACCUAGACCUUCCGUCAGAUCGACCAUACAAGCCGGUCGUGAAAGAGCUCCUCCGCGAAACCCUAGGGGUCCACACGUGCGACCGCCGCUCUCCAGCAGCGUACAUAGCAAAGACCUACCCCAACUACACCCUCGAGGCCGGAUUCGCCCCUAUUGACCCCCUCUGGGACCCAGACCUGCGCGAAUCUGACUCCGCACGCACGACCCGCCUGCGGCGGCUUGUCGACGAUAUAGUCGAGCGAGAUAGCGGCGCGAGCAUGUAUAUAUCGCUGACGGCGCAUUCUGGGGCGAUCACAUCGUUACUGGAGGUUAUGGGGCAUCGGAAGUUUAGGUUGGAGACGGGGGGCGUGAUUCCGGUGCUUGUACGGAUUGUGAGGAGGAGAGGGGCAGCGGAAGGCGGUCGUGGGGUGGUUGAACCACCGCAGAAAGUGCUGGAGUGUGGAGAGGGUUUGGUCGAUGGGCAGGAUGGUAGAAGAGCGGAUUUGAGGAAUUGA